AUGGUACACACCAAAGUCUCAGGAUUGUAUUAUAAGAGUCCUAUAGAGGAUGGUACACACUGGAGUCCCACAGAGGAUGGUACACACUGGAGUCCCACAGAGGAUGGUACACACUGGAGUCCCACAGAGGAUGGUACACACUGGAGUCCCACAGAGGAUGGUACACACCGGAGUCCCACAGAGGAUGGUACACACCAAAGUCCCACAGAGGAUGGUACACACCGGAGUCCCACAGAGGAUGGUACACACUGGAGUCCCACAGAGGAUGGUACACACUGGAGUCCCACAGAGGAUGGUACACACCAAAGUCCCACAGAGGAUGGUACACACCGGAGUCCCACAGAGGAUGGUACACACUGGAGUCCCACAGAGGAUGGUACACACUGGAGUCCCACAGAGGAUGGUACACACUGGAGUCCCACAGAGGAUGGUACACACUGGAGUCCCACAGAGGAUGGUACACACUGGAGUCCCAUAGAGGAUGGUACACACCAAAGUCUCAGGAUUGUAUUAUAA